AUACGGCGAUUGGCCACCAUCGCAACCCCACGCACUGUAAAUAUUAGCAAACAGAAUGGUGACUUGUUAAGACACUCAGCACAUAACUAUAGAUCGCUCUCCCACCGAACUCAGAAUGGUACUAUCCCAGAAAAUGGCUACCAGACAGUGCUGCCACCUAUCACAAGUCAUAACGGUCAGAGUGACACUGACUACAGCAGCUAUGCCAAUGGAACUCUGUCACAAAGUUACACAGGAAGUUCACAACACUACACCCAAAGUUCUGGUGGAGCUCGUGGAGAUGAGACAACAAGGUUCAGCUCUGUCAGUGUUGAUGACAGUGUGGACAGUGGUCGUCCUUCUUCUCCACCGUUCAUUCACGACAUGCCUGUACUUACAGAAGACCAGUCACAAGAAAAUGAAUCUGAUGAAGACUCUGGCGGUGUUGAUGAUGAUGAACUUCGACUAUCAACGGGUUAUGAUGACAUGACCUUGUCAGUUCUCAAUGUCGUCUUCCCUCCAUUUUACUACUCUACCCAUGGGCUGUCCCGUCCCUGCACUCCCACGGAGGAUGACAAACCAAGAUAUUACCAGUUGGUGGAAAAAGCCAUUGAGUCUUUCAUGAUCUCACCUGUAGCAAAGGAGACCAUCCAGGGGAUCUACAACUUUGUCCCUAAGGAGCUGAGACAGUCUGUUCCCGCAGCCUGUAAACAUUUCCUCAAGGAGAUGGAUGAUGACCGAAAGUAUGCCAUAAAGAAGGCCAUCUUGGAUUACAUCCUUCUGGAUCCUAAAGAGCAGGAGAGACUUGGUGUCUGGAUGCCAGAGAAACCAUCAAACUCUGCAGGCAGAGAGAUGUUUCCCUGGCACCAGACAGUCCUAGAACGACGAGAGUUCAUGACCAAAGACUUGUAUAUUACUCACCCUGUUAUGUACACCAUCCUGUACCACUUUGAAACAAAGUAUGGAGCAUUCCGUCUGAUUGAUCUGCCGGCUCUGAGACAGAUAAUGCCUGUCACAAUGGAAACAUUUCUGAAGCAUGUGCAGAAUUCUAGUCGGGUCGGAGCAGAUUUGUUACGUAACCAGUGGUUACAGGAGUGCUGUGAUAUCGUGGACAAUCAGAGAGACGAGGUGGAGAAAUGGAUGCCCAAAGAUGAUCCGAAUUUGCGGAUGAUAAAGAUGGAUCACUUUUUCGCGAGUGUAUCGUCUCUGAUGUCCAACUUACUGAGAUCCUGUGUGACCAACUCCAUCCUUGACCUUGUCGAUCUUGUAGAGGAAUAUUAUGAGGGCAACAAGUAUGAGGGCGUGUACAACAUUAUGGGAGGCCUCGCCUUGCCUCAGAAAAUGCACCCUGUCAAAUUCUUUAUGGAGGAAGAUGAAGCCAAAGCCAGCCUGAAAUUCAAGCCGCCAAUACCGGAUGUUUGUGAUUUUUUUUGCCUCAUCAUCGACCUGAUGGUGACCAGCGUGCAGGAACUGCCCUGCAUCAACACUCUGCUGUUCCAGACCUACGAAGAUGCUGAAAAUCCCACCAUCUGCACGGUUUUAAUUGAGGAGGAAGUCGUGGUCACAUCAAAAGAACGGAUACGCACUGUCAUCAGGGCCAAUGAGUUUGGACCAAUGAGCUACAAGUCAGUGUAUGAUCCCUACAAGUACUUACUGUCAGUGGAAAUGGUACAGAAAAUACAAAAGUUUGUUGGCCGAGAACGUCCCCUCAGGGAAUAUGUCAAGGAAAUAGAGACGUUGAAGAAAAAGGCCUCGGAGAUUGGAUCACUUCCUGUGUUUAUUCCCAUGCAUUUCUUCUUACUGGACUGUAAUCACAUUAACAAGUGGUUGAUUGACCGAGCACGGUACCUGAUAGAGAUUCUGGUGACUAAUAUCAUGGACACGAGUCACAAGUUCAAUCGUGGUAUUUGUAAACAGUACGACACCAUCGUUAAAAGUGUGGCCAUGCAGGCUGAGAACACAGAAGAACUCGUCAAACUGAAGAACUAUGUGGAUAGUCUUAAGUGUGGAGAGCUCCUGGAGCUUAAGGACAAGCAGGAGGUUGCUGCUGGUAACCUUAUGUUUUUACUGGAGUAUACAUAUCUACCGAAAGAUGAUAUAGUCCUCAACAACAGCACCUUCUCCUGGGCAGACCGUAUUGUCCCCAUCAUCACAAACACGGAAAGUAAACUUCAGCGGGAACAUGACAUUUACUGUCAAAAGUUACGAGACAAAAAGAAGAAUUUCCAGAAUCAGUUGGACGAGACUGCCAAACAAGUGGCUAGCUUUGCGCACCGAGACCGAAUGUCUGAGGCAGAGAAUUAUGUUCAGGAUCUUCGUGAUAUAGAACAGCGACUGGAAGGAUUCCUGGAGGAGAAAGCGAAGAUUAACCGCGAGGAACAGUUGCUGGAACUGGAGUCUGUUACACCAUACAAUCAGAUCCAGGACAUCAUGGUGGCUCGUGAGCCAUACGAGAAACUAUGGAACACUGCAGUUACCUUCCACAAGGAACAUGACAAAUGGAUGAACGGGCCUCUCCUUGAGGUCAAUGCUGAGGUCGUUGAGGAAGAGGUACAAUCACUAUGGAGAACUGCCUACAAACUCACCAAGCAGUUCGCACACCCAGAUUUCAAGGGACCAAUGAGGGCAUCCAUCUCUAUCAAAUCAAAGCUUGAAAAAUUCAAAAUCAACAUGCCCUUGAUUAAUGCCCUGUGUAAUCCUGGUAUCAAGAAACGGCACUGGGAUAUGAUGAAUGAGAAGGUUGGAUUUAACAUGGCGCCGUCUGAAGAGACGCCCCUGAUAGAGGUUCUGCAAAUGGAGCUGGAUAAAUACUUAGAUGUUCUUAUGGAAAUCAGCUCUCAAGCCAGCAAAGAGUUUGCCCUCGAAAAGGCUCUGACAAAGAUGAAGGACGAUUGGGAGAACAUGCAUUUCGGCUUCGUCCCGUACAAAGAUUCGGGAAUAAAUAUUCUUUCUGCACCAGACGAAAUACAGGUUCUCCUUGACGAUCACAUCGUCAAGACAACAACCAUGAAAGGAUCUCCCUUCAUAGGUCCGUUUGAAACACAGAUCAAUGAAUGGGACAUCCGCCUUCAUCGUAUGAAAGAUAUUUUAGAUUCGUGGCUAAAGGUGCAAGCCGCAUGGUUAUAUCUUGAACCAAUCUUUGGCUCACAAGAUAUAAGAAACCAGAUCCCAGUAGAGGGCAAACUUUUUGAGGAGGUAGACGAACACUGGAAAACCAUUAUGGAGCAUGCUGUUGAAAAUACAAAGGCCCAGGUGGUGUGCUCACAGGAUCAGAUGCUGGAAAAGUUACAGAAGUCUGAGUCUAUGUUGGAUGACAUACAGAAAGGCCUCAAUGACUACCUGGAGAAGAAGAGACUGUUCUUUCCAAGGUUUUUCUUCCUGUCUAACGACGAGUUGCUGGAGAUACUCUCUGAGACCAAGGAUCCUCUGAGAGUUCAGCCUCAUCUAAAGAAGUGCUUCGAGGGCAUCGCCCAGCUCAGCUUCGACCUUGACAAGGUUAUCAUUGCUAUGGAGUCUGCUGAGAAGGAAGUUGUGCAGUUCUCUAAGACCAUCAUCCCUGCCGAUGCCUGUGGCCUUGUGGAGCGAUGGUUGUUACAGGUUGAGGAUGUGAUGAAACUCAGUCUGAGGGAAGUAUCUGUCAAAGCAGUAAAGGCAUAUCCCAACAACCCACGAUGUGAGUGGGUGUUACAGUGGCCAGGACAGAUAGUGCUAGCUGCUAGUCAGAUCCACUGGACCUCUGAAGUUACACAAGCUAUUAACAGUAAUUACCUGGGGCCAUACCUGGCAAAGAGCAACAAACAGAUAGAUGAGGUAGUACAGAUGGUACGAGGUUCCCUCACAAAGAUGGCAAGGAUCACUCUGGAGGCUCUCAUUGUCAUAGAUGUCCAUGCCCGAGAUGUGAUAGCCAACCUAGCUAAGUUAGAGAUGAGCAGUCCUGUUGAUUUCUCCUGGAUCAGCCAGCUUCGUUAUUACUUUGAAGAAGAUUCUGUGCUGGUGAAAAUGAUCACCACUACUGUAGCUUAUGCUUAUGAGUACCUGGGAAAUACAGGGCGUCUAGUCAUUACCCCACUUACCGACAGGUGUUACAGAACCCUCAUGGGAGCACUGCUGUUAAAUCUGGGAGGAGCUCCUGAGGGACCGGCGGGGACUGGCAAAACUGAGACCUCCAAAGAUCUGGCUAAAGCUGUUGCUAAACAGUGUGUGGUGUUUAACUGCUCAGACGGCCUUGACUACAAGGCCAUGGGAAAGUUCUUCAAAGGCCUCGCACAGUCUGGAGCCUGGGCAUGUUUUGAUGAAUUCAACAGGAUAGAGUUGGAGGUGUUAUCCGUCAUCGCGCAGCAAGUCCAGACGAUACAGAGAGCUAUUGCUGAACAAGUCAAAAUGUUUAUGUUUGAGGGUACAAACAUUUCUCUCGACCCAACAUGUACAAUAUUUAUCACUAUGAAUCCUGGGUAUGCAGGACGUGCUGAACUGCCAGACAAUUUAAAAGUGUUGUUUCGUACAGUAGCCAUGAUGGUACCCGACUAUGCUAUGAUUGCUGAGAUAUCGCUGUAUUCCAUGGGAUUUGUAGACGCUCGCAGCAUGUCCACAAAAAUUGUGGCAACAUAUAGACUGUGUUCAGAGCUACUGUCUUCACAACAUCACUACGACUACGGUAUGCGAGCGGUGAAGUCAGUGUUGACCGCAGCAGGAAGUCUGAAAUUGAAAUACCCUGAACAGAGAGAGGAUGUGUUGGUGCUGAAGUCAAUCAAUGAUAUUAACCUUCCGAAGUUUUUAUCCCAAGACAUUCCACUGUUUGAAGGAAUCAUAUCUGACCUGUUUCCGGGGAUAGAACUUCCAGCAAUGGACUACGGAGACUUGCAAGAGGCUCUUAUAGAGAACCUCAAGAAAAGCAGUCUCCAGGCUGUUCCUUGGUACCUGGAAAAAAUCAUUCAGAUAUACGACAUGAUCCUGGUAAGACAUGGUCUGAUGAUUGUUGGAGAUCCCCUUGGGGGGAAGACAAAUGCCUUCAAAGCUCUCGCAGCUACUCUGUGUGACCUGAAUACCAGUGGCAAGAUGGAGGAAAAGAAGGUGCAGUAUAGAAUUAUCAAUCCUAAGGCUAUUACAAUGGGCCAGUUAUAUGGACGAUUUGAUCCUGUUUCUCACGAAUGGUUUGAUGGUGUAUUAGCCAAUACUUUCCGUGAGCAUGCGUCCAGCACAACAGACUUCAGAAAGUGGAUUGUGUUUGACGGGCCUGUGGACGCCGUGUGGAUUGAAAACAUGAACACCGUCCUGGAUGACAAUAAAAAGCUGUGUCUGAUGAGUGGAGAAAUUAUACAGAUGAGCAACAAACAGAACAUGAUUUUUGAGCCACAAGAUCUUGAGCAGGCAUCCCCUGCCACAGUUAGCAGAUGUGGUAUGAUCUACAUGGACCCCCUGCAGCUCGGCUGGAAGCCAUUUGUCCAGUCCUGGAUGGAGAAUGAUCUUCCUGAUAACCUAAACGCAGAGCAACGUGACAUCAUCAAUAUGCUGUUUGAAUGGCUGCUGCCUCCCUGCCUGAUGUAUGUUUCCAAAUACUGUAAGGCUCUCCUGACUUGUCACCCUCUCCACUACACUACCUGUCUGCUCAGACUCUAUGGUUGCCUCAUGCAAGAUGUCAAGGCAAUUGGGGCAGAGGAAGAGGAAGAUGAUGACAUCAUUGAGGAUGAUGACGAGGAAGAAGAAGCCAAGGAGAAACCAGUGUCGAUGAAUGACCAGAAGAUUAUUGAAGAGCGUACCAACAUGUUGAUCAGCUAUUUCUUUUUCUCCAUUGUCUGGUCCGUAGGAGGAGCACUAGAUGCCAACUCACGCAUCAAAUUUGACGAAUUUUUCCGAAAUUUGUGCGAUGCAGAUGCUGGAGGGACAACUAGCAAAUAUCCAAAACUUGGCCAUAUAACACGGCCUAAGGACCUCAAGUUCUCGCGAGGGCUAAUGAUCCCUAAAAAAGGCCUUGUGUAUGACCAUGUAUACAUCCGCAAACAAUUCGGCUCCUGGUACACUUGGAGCAGCCUUAUCCAGCCAUUCAAAAUUGACGACAAGGCAAAGAUUAACGAGCUGAUUAUAAAUACCGUGGAGACAGAGCGUCAACGAUACUUCCUCGACCGCCUCGUGAUGAUGGACGUCCCCUUGUUAUUUGUGGGACCUACAGGAACAGGCAAAUCGGCCAUCACCAACAGCUUCCUCCUUCAGCUUCCUAAAGACAAGUACAUUAUCACAAAUAUCAACUUCUCUGCCCAGACGUCGGCCAGUCAAACCCAGGAUAUCAUCUUCUCCAAGCUUGACAGGAGGAAGAAGGGUGUAUUUGGCCCCACACUGGGUAAAAAGCUGUGUGUGUUUGUUGAUGACCUGAACAUGCCUGCCAAGGAGAAGUAUGGGGCACAACCCCCAAUAGAGAUUCUCAGACAGUGGAUAGAUCACAAGUACUGGUUUGACAGGAAAGACACAACAAUCCUGGAGCUGGUUGAUAUAGUCAUGGUUUCUGCUAUGGGCCCUCCUGGUGGAGGACGAAAUAAUGUCACGCCACGCUUCACUCGACACUUCAAUGUCAUUGGAAUAGAGUCUUUUGAUGAAGAAACCAUGAAAAACAUCUUCUCUCCGAUCUUAGACUGGCAUUUUAAUUUCUUUGAGACAACUCUCCGAAGGUUUUCAAGGAUUAUCCUAAUGAGCACCAUGGAGAUAUAUAAUAGUGCCAUCGUGAAAUUCCUGCCAAGUCCUUCAAGAUCCCACUACGUCUUCAACCUGCGCGACUUUGCAAGAGUUGUACAGGGUAUUCUAUUGCUGAAGCCAGAUGUAAUGCCCACAGAAGGAACAGAGGCUUCACAGAAAAUUAUGAGAUUGUGGGUACAUGAAGUUUACCGUGUCUUCUAUGACCGCUUAGUGGACGAAACUGACCGCGAGGUUUACUUUGGCCUGGUGAAGCAUUGUAUAGAAACCCAGUUCAAGGAGAAGAUGAAUAUCUUGUUUAAACACCUCAUACCAAAAGAAGCAGAGAGAGUCACCGUCGUUGAUGACGACAUCCGUAGUCUCCUGUUCGGGGACUAUCUGUCUAAGGGCAAGGAGGAAAAACUCUAUGAUGAAAUAUCCAGUAUGGAUGAACUAAGAGAGACUAUAGAACACUACCUGGAGGAAUUCAAUAUGAUGAGUAAGGCUCCAAUGAGCCUCGUCAUGUUCAGGUUCGCCAUAGAACACAUAUCUCGCAUCAGCCGCGUCCUCAAACAGCCCAACGGUCAUUGUUUACUUGUUGGUAUUGGAGGCAGUGGUCGCCAGAGCGCGGCCAAGUUAUCAGCCUUCAUGUCAGACUUUGAGCUAUUCCAGAUAGAGAUCACGAAAAACUAUACAACAUCAGAGUGGCGUGAGGACUUACGGAGAAUGAUGAGACGGGCUGGUGACGAGGGUGUGUCCAUGGUGUUCCUGUUUGGAGAUCACCAAAUCAAGGACGAGUCUUUCCUAGAGGAUGUCAAUAUGAUACUGAACACAGGAGAUAUACCUAACUUGUACGAGAAUGAGGACAGACUAGCCAUCAUUGAAAGGAUGCAGAACCUGUGUCAGCAGCAGAACUUGGUGAUGGAAAUGACUCCACUCAAUAUGUACAACAUGUUUAUAGAACGUAUCAGAAGAAACCUACACGUGGUCCUGGCCUUCAGUCCCAUCGGUGAUGCCUUCCGAAAUCGUAUACGAAUGUUUCCUUCUCUCAUCAAUUGUUGUACUAUAGACUGGUUUAAGGCUUGGCCUGAGGAUGCUUUAGAACUCGUAGCCAACAAGUUUCUGGAUGACGUUGAAAUGUCUCAGGAAGUACGUGAGGAGACGGUCGUCAUGUGUAAACACUUCCACGAGAGCGUACGCGCUUUAUCAGAAAGGUACUAUGAUAUCCUAAGAAGGAGAAACUACGUGACUCCAACAUCGUACCUUGAGCUUAUAAAGACAUUCAAAAAUUUACUGAACAAGAAACGACUGGAAAUACUCACCCUCAAAAACAGAUACCAAGUUGGAUUGGAAAAGCUCAAUUUCUCAGAGCAGCAGGUGAACAUUAUGCAACAAGAACUUGUAGAGCUGAAACCAAAGCUGGAGGAGACGAGCCGUGACACAGAGGACCUGAUCAAGUACAUUGAGAAGGAAAGGAUUGAGGUAGAGUCCGUCAAGGCUGUCGUGGAGAAGGAUGAGGCGGUGGCCAACCAAGCUGCCGGUGAGGCACGAUCUAUCAAGAUUGAAUGUGAGGAGAAGCUUGCUAUAGCAAUGCCUGCCCUCAAUGCAGCUGUGUCUGCCCUCGACACCCUGAACCAGAACGACAUCACUCUUGUUAAGACUAUGAACAAUCCUCCCCUGGGUGUCAAACUUGUUAUGGAAUCUGUCUGCAUCAUGAAGGGUAUUAAACCUGAUAGGAAGGUGGACGGAAAUGGAAAGGCAUAUGAAGACUACUGGCCAGCAGCAAAGAAGAUGCUUGGUGAUCUGAAGUUCCUGGAUUCACUAAAAGAAUAUGACAAAGAGAACAUUCCACCUCCAACCAUUAAGAAAAUUCGUGAAAAGUAUGUCGUCAACCCAGAUUUUGACCCCAAUAUCAUCAAGAAGGUGUCAUCUGCUUGUGAGGGACUGUGUAAAUGGGUGCGGGCCAUGGAUGUGUUUGACAGUGUAUGGAAGGUCGUUCACCCAAAGAGAAAAAACCUGGAAGAAGCUGAAGCCAUUUUAGCCACACAGCUGGCAAAGCUUCAUGAAAAACAAGCUCAGCUGAAAGAGGUCACAGAUAAACUGAACAUGCUACUGGAUAAUCUCAAGGUCAAACAGGAGGAAAUGAAGAAUCUAGAGGAUAACAUUGAACUGACCAAAGUAAAGAUAGAGAGAGCAGAGAAGCUGAUUAGUGGACUGGGUGGAGAGAAGGAGAGAUGGACACAGAAUGUGGAAGACUUGUCAGAGACAUAUGACAACAUUGUUGGGGACGUACUGCUGUCUGCUAGUGUUGUGGCUUACCUCGGCCCAUUCAUCCUCGACUAUCGACAGGAAUGUGUGAAGGAGUGGUAUGGCAUGUGUAAGGAGAAGGGUAUUCCCCUGUCUGAGGUCUUCUCCUUACAGGCGACAUUGGGUGACCCUGUCAAGGUCCGUGAUUGGCAGAUCGCUGGACUACCUGUAGACAAUUACUCGGUGGAGAACGCCAUUAUAGUGACCAGUGCUAAUCGCUGGCCUCUCAUGAUUGACCCCCAAGGUCAAGCAAACAAAUGGAUAAAAAAUAUGGAAAAGGCCAACAAACUAGAGAUUAUCAAAUUGUCCGACCCUAACUACAGCAGACAACUAGAAAAUUGUGUACAGUUCGGAAAUCCUUGUCUCCUGGAAAAUGUUGGAGAGGAGUUAGAUCCCAUCCUUGACCCAAUUCUUCUAAAACAAACCUUCAAACAAAACAACAUGGAGUACAUUCGUGUAGGUGACCAUAUCAUAGAAUAUAGUCGUGACUUUAAGUUCUACAUCACGACCCGUCUCCGUAACCCUCACUACCUCCCAGAGGUUAGUGUCAAGGUCACUCUGCUGAACUUCAUGAUCACCCUGUUGGGCCUGGAUGACCAGCUGCUGGGCAUUGUGGCAGCCAAAGAGAAGCCAGAGUUGGAGGAGACCAAAAACCAACUUAUCAUUGAAAGUGCCAAAAACCGACGUCAGCUCAAAGAAAUUGAGGACAAAAUCCUGGAAGUGUUAUCAUCAUCACAGGGUAACAUCCUAGAGGAUGAGACCGCCAUAGAGAUCCUGUCGUCCAGUAAAGUGUUGUCACUAGAAAUCUCUGAGAAACAGGUGACAGCAACAAAGACAGAGGCAGAAAUUGAUGCAGUUCGCAAUGGAUACAAACCGGUGGCCAAGCAUGGCAGCAUCCUCUUUUUUGUCAUCUCAGAUCUCGCCAACAUUGAUCCCAUGUACCAAUACUCCCUCUCCUGGUUCAUCAACCUAUACCUACAGUCAAUCAUCAACAGUGAUCCAUCUUCUGACCUUGAUCAGCGCAUCUUUAAUCUCAAUGACCACUUCACCUACAGUAUUUACAGAAAUGUCUGUCGCUCCCUGUUUGAGAAGGACAAGCUACUGUUUUCCUUCUUGCUGUGUAUUGGUAUUGCCAAGCAGCAGGGAGAAGUUGAUGACCGUGAGUGGAGAUUUCUGCUGACAGGAGGGGUUGCCCUGGAGAACUUGUUCCCUAAUCCAGCAGCCAACUGGCUUCCAGAGAAAUCAUGGGGCGAGGUUGUCCGUUGUUCUGAUCUUCCUGCCUUCAAGGGCUUCAUGGAACAUUUCAAACAAAAGCUGGCAUUGUGGAAAGCCCUGUAUGACUCGCCUACACCCCAGACAGAGCCCAUCCCUAAACCAUGGUGUGACACCCUCUCGCAUCUGGAACAGCUGAUCAUCCUGCGGUGUCUGCGUCCUGACAAGAUGGUGCCAGCUGUGCAGAUGUUCAUAGUGGAAAAAAUGGGCCAGCGUUAUAUUGAGCCACCGACCUUUGACCUGUCUGUGUGUUACCAGGACUCGCAAUUCUUUUCACCUCUAAUUUUUGUGUUGUCACCUGGAGCUGAUCCAAUGGCAGGACUCUACAAGUUCGCAGAAGAAAAAGGUCUUAUUCCUCGAACUCUGCCACGUGAAGCCACCUUGGCAGGUGCCAGGGAGAAAGAUGAUCCCAAACACAACAUAGCUUCCAUCCUUGGGGUCGCUAGUACCUCAUCCGAACAGAGAGGAUCUGGUGGGAAGGGAUUGACCACCAUAUCUCUGGGUCAAGGUCAAGGUCCUAUUGCAGAGAAGAUGAUUACUGAGGCAAUAGAAGCAGGUACAUGGGUGGUGUUACAGAACUGUCACUUGGCAGCAUCCUGGCUAGGAGAGUUAGAGAGGAUCUGUGAGACUGUGAUAAAUGACCCCACAAAGACCAAAUCUACAUUCCGUCUUUGGCUGACCAGCUACCCUUCACCUGACUUUCCUGUGUCCGUCCUUCAAAAUGGGAUAAAGAUGACCAACGAACCACCAAAAGGGCUGAGGGCCAACCUGCUCAGGUCAUACCUAAACGAUCCAAUCUCUGACCCUACCUUCUUCAAAUCGUGCAAUAAACCUGAUGUGUUUGAAAAACUCUUGUUUGGCCUGUGUUUCUUCCACGCUCUGGUUCAAGAAAGAAGGAAAUUUGGACCACUUGGAUGGAACAUUCCAUAUGAAUUUAACGAGUCUGACCUUCGGAUAUCAGUCCGACAGCUGGAGAUGUUUAUCAGCGACUAUAAAGAUCCCCCCUUAGAGGCGUUGUCCUACCUGACUGGUGAAUGUAACUAUGGUGGCCGGGUAACAGACGACAAUGAUCGACGCCUCAUCUUGAGUAUCCUGAAGAUAUUUUACUGCAAAGAUAUUAUCAUGGAUGAUAACUAUAAACUCUCCUCAUCAGGAAUCUAUUUUGCUCCACCCAAGGGGACGUAUGAUAGCUAUGUGGCUUAUAUCAAAAGUCUUCCUCUCACACCACACCCUGAGGUAUAUGGUUUCCAUGAGAACGCAGAUAUAUCCAAAGAUCAACAAGAGACCCAACAGCUGUUUGACGGCAUUCUACUGACACUUCCUAGACAGGAUGAGACAAGUGGAGGUGGGAAGUCUUCUCAAGAAAUCAUUGAGGAGCUGGCUAGUGACAUCCUCACAAAGAUACCUCCAGACUUCAACCUGGAGGAGGUCAAGACUAAGUAUCCAGUACGCUAUGAAGAGUCCAUGAACACAGUGUUAGUCCAAGAACUAAUCCGGUUCAACCGCCUGAUCCAUGUUGUGAGGACCAGCCUCCAGGAUAUCAGGAAGGCCAUCAAAGGUCUCGUCGUCAUGUCCUCAGAACUAGAGGAUGUCUUUGAUAGCAUGAUGGUCGGCAAGGUGCCAGCCAUGUGGGCAGCAAAAUCCUACCCAUCCUUGAAGCCCUUAGGGAGCUAUGUUACUGACCUUUUAGCAAGGCUGACAUUCUUUAAGGACUGGAUCUAUGGAGGGCCACCUGUUGUCUUUUGGAUAUCUGGAUUUUACUUCACCCAGUCAUUCCUGACAGGAGUGAUGCAGAACUACGCCCGCAAGUACAAGAUUCCAAUAGAUCACCUUGGCUUUGAGUUUGAAGUUACAAAGUCAGAAACAAACAUGGCGAGCAAACCUUCUGAUGGUGCCUAUAUCAAGGGGCUGUUUAUGGAAGGGGCCCGUUGGUGUCGAACCAGAAAGGUCAUCAUUGAAUCCCUUCCCAAGAUUCUAUAUGACCUCAUGCCAAUUAUACAGCUGAAACCUGGGAACAAGGCCGAGUUUGACCUCAGGGACAUGUAUGCCUGUCCAACUUACAAGACAAGUGCUCGUCGUGGGACCCUGUCCACUACUGGUCAUUCCACCAACUUUGUUCUGACCAUUAUGUUACCAAUAGAUAUGGAGGACAACCAUUGGAUCAACCGAGGUGUGGCUCUGCUCUGUCAAUUAGAUGAUUAG